AAAGAUUUAUCAGAACAUUGUCUUGACUUGUAUUUAUCGACCUUUUUAGUUCAAUUUGAUACUGUUGCACGUCACUACCAUACAAGCAUUCUCUAUCCUUCACCACAUUUAUUAGUUUCACACUUGAGACAAGAUGUACUUGUCGCCUGUGAGUGGUUUCAGAGAAAAA